AUGACCUCAACUCGUUGUCCCCCACUCUUAUCGGAUUCCGAGAUAAAGGUCAAGUCCCAUCCGGUCGCAUCAGCCGGGUUGCACAAAACCAAGAAAGAAGACCAACCCAUCAUGGUCUCAUACGCUCUUCAACAGCUCUUCUUCGACGGUAAACCGCAGAAUGCAACGUCAGGGAAAACUUUCAAAAGCGUCGAUCCCUCUACUGGAGAACCCAUAGCAGAGAUCCAAACUGCUGCCCCGGCAGAUAUCGACGCUGCCAUAGCAUCAGCGCAGAGAGCAUUCCCUUCGUGGUCCCAAACACCCCCAAUUGUGCGCACACGCAUCUUGCUCAAAGCAGUCGCCAUUCUCCGCGCUCGGAACGACGAAAUCGCCAGGACAGAAACCCACGAUAGCGGCAAAGCCUUCUCGGAAACAAGCGCCGUAGACGUAGUGACAGGCGCAGAUGUGCUGGAAUACUUUGCAAACUUGGUAGCAAGCGGAGGCCUCAAUGGCGAGACUACACAACUGCGGCCAGAUGCGUGGAUAUACACCAAGAAGGAAGCACUAGGCGUCUGUGCUGGAAUCGGCGCCUGGAACUACCCCAUUCAGAUCGCACUGUGGAAAUCGGCGCCCUGUCUCGCCGCCGGGAACUGCAUGGUCUACAAGCCGUCAGAAGUGACCCCCCUCCACGGGCAAAUCCUCGCCCAGGUCUUUACCGAAGCUGGACUUCCCCCAGGCGUCUUCAACAUCGUGCAUGGCGAUGGGGCUGUAGGUGGAUACUUGACUGCUCACUCAGGUAUAUCAAAAGUCAGCUUUACCGGCCAAGUAUCGACAGGAGCGAAGGUAGCGAGUUCAGCGGCCAGCGGUAUGAAAUAUGUGACGAUGGAAUUGGGCGGUAAAAGCCCAUGUAUCAUCCUCCCAGACGCAGACAUCGAAGCUGCCGUCGACGGAGCUAUGAUGGCGAACUUCUACUCUACUGGUCAGGUCUGUACGAACGGCACCCGCGUUUUCGUCCCACGCGCGCUACAGCCUGCAUUCGAGAAGCGCCUUCUCGAGAAAGUGAAAUAUAUCCGUUCACUGGAACCAAUGGACCCGAACAGCAAUUUCGGACCCCUAGUAUCGGAAAUCCAUUACAAGAAAGUCCUCAGCUACAUCAAACAUGGCAUCGAGGAGGACAAGGCGAAGCUCCUCUGUGGCGGCUUCUCCAAACCGACCGCCAUCCCCUCCGGCUACGAAAACGGUUUCUGGGUCCAACCCACCGUCUUCACAAACUGCACCGACACCAUGAAGAUAACCACCGACGAGAUCUUUGGGCCUGUCCUCUGCAUCCUCCCUUAUGACACGAUCCCCGAAGUUAUCAGCCGUGCCAACAACACUAAAAUGGGCCUUGCCGCCGGCGUCUUCGGCAAGGACGUUAAUCUGUGCCACGAGGUAAUUGGCAAGGUCGAAGCGGGCAUAACAUGGAUCAAUACUUGGGGGGAGAGCCCGGCGGAGAUGAGCGUGGGCGGGUGGAAGCUGAGUGGUGUCGGGGUUGAGAAUGGCCGGAGGGGCCUGGAGGCGUGGGUGAGGGAGAAGAGCACGCUGGUGGAGGGGAGUGGGGUCGUGGGGACUGUGUUUGCGAAGUUGUAG